AUGACAGGAAAGGACGAGUUUGUUUCUUACUCGCCCCUUCCCUCCAACCCUAACUCCUAUCCUUACCCACAACAAAACGUCGUCGUUCUCCUCCCCUACCGUCCUCAUUCUCGCCACCGUCACCACCACCGCACCUGUCUCAUCUACUCCGCCGCACUCCUCCUCACCCUCGUCAUCGCCGCCGGAAUCUUCAUCCUCUACCCAUCCGACCCGGAGAUUCACCUCGUUCGCGUCCGAAUCAACCACAUCGGAAUCCGAACAAAUCCGAAACCGAUUCUCGACCUAUCAUUCUCCCUCACGGUGAAGGUUCGUAACAGAGACUUCUUCUCCCUUACGUACGAUUCCCUUGAUGUGUCCGUCGGUUACCGUGGUCGUCAGCUAGGGUUGGUUUCCUCCGUCGGCGGUGCUCGGAUUAAGGCGCGUGGUUCUUCUUAUGUUGACGUUGUGUUGUCCGUUGAUGGAUUUGAAGUUAUCUAUGAUGCUUUCUAUCUGCUUCAAGAUAUUGCGAAAGGUGUGAUUCCGUUGGAGACUGAUACGCAUGUUGAUGGGAAAUUAGGGCUUCUCUUCUUCGAUGUUCCGUUGAAGGCAACAGUGUCGUGUCAAGUGUACGUGAAUAUAAACAAGCAGACAGUUGUACGGCAAGACUGCUAUCCUGAGUCACUGGGCGAUACACUGGAUCGGAAUGUAAGUAUUGCAGCUGGAGAGACAUUGUGA